AUGCGGCCCGUAGGCAAAGAGGCCGUCAAGUUUGGUAAUUACAUGCUCGGCACAACCCUCGGCGAAGGAGAGUUCGGCAAGGUCAAACUUGGCUGGAGACGCGACGGCAAGCACCCCUCUGAGGUCGCCGUCAAGCUCAUUAAGAAAGAAAACAUCCCUCCCAUGUCGAAUCGCGAAGCAAAGUUCCAGCGCGAAAUCAUCGUCCUCCGUCACCUCCGUCAUCCCAACCUCGUCCGGCUACAGGAAAUCAUCCAGAACGAAAAAUACAUCGGCAUCGUGCUCGAAUACGCCUCCGGCGGUGAGCUGUUUGAGUACAUCCUGCAAAAUAAAUACCUCAAAGACUCGUCGGCAUGCAGACUCUUUGCCCAGCUCAUCUCCGGCGUCGAUUACCUGCACUCAAAGGGUAUCGUGCACCGUGAUCUCAAGCUCGAGAAUCUGUUGCUCGACAAGCACAAAAACAUCAUCAUCACCGAUUUCGGCUUUGCAAACGUCUUCAACCCCGACGACGUCGUCUCUGGUAUUCCCAACGCCGAUCUCAUGAGCACCAGCUGUGGCUCGCCUUGCUAUGCCGCUCCUGAGCUCGUCGUUAGUGAUUCAAAGUAUUCUGGGAGGAAAGUUGAUGUCUGGAGUUGUGGUGUUAUUUUGUACGCAAUGCUUGCUGGCUACCUCCCCUUCGACGACGACCCGCAAAAUCCCAACGGAUCAAACAUCACCCAACUCUACCACUACAUCACGACCACGCCGCUGACAUUCCCAGACUACGUCAAGCCCAUGCCGCGUGAUCUUCUGCGACGGAUCCUGGUCCCGAACCCAGACAAGCGAGCCGAUCUGCUCGAAGUCCGCGCGCACUCCUGGCUGCUUCCUUACGCC